AUGAAAUAUUUCUUAGGACCGCUAUGAAAAAAGGCUCCGUGGCCGAAAAAGUCGUUAGGAAUCGUUGAUCCAACCACUGGCACCAAUCGUUCGGAUGUACCUGAACACGGAGAGAUUUUCGUGUCGUUAAAAAUUGUCAUCGCUGAUGUCGGCUUAUCGUCGUCAUCACAAUUUCCCAAUCGUAAUCUCGCAACACCAUCGCGUUCUCUCUCUUUCUCAAACUACCUCACUCACACACACUCACACACGCACACACACACACACACGUUUACUUGCCGUCUCGCACGCACUGCGGCAGUCGCGCGUUUCCCGAAGCGCACGAUAAUUCUUCGUCAUCGACCUAAAUGACCGUGGACACCGGUGCGCAGACGACACGGCCACAACGAAAAUGACCGACCACUAUCACCAGCAGCAGUGGUGGGCGCAAGGCGACGGGAACCGCGAAAACGAUCACCACCGUGGUGCUGGCGACUAUCAUCAUCAUUCGCACGCGGACGGCGACCGCCUGCCGCGGCGGCCGGGCAAGAAGUUUCCGGGUUUCCGGAAGUACGGCGGCAGACCGGAACUCGGGCCGCACGACAACAGGACGACGACAACGACGACGCCGCCGCUGCUGCCGCCACAGUGUUACGAUCCGUUCCGCCGUUACGACAAUGGAGCCGAGACGUGCGAGAAAAUCGAAUGGAAAACCAUGGCCAAGCACUUUUCCGGAGUGCCGCAGUUCAUUAAUGAAAAUGCAGAAAAAUUCAAAAACGGAUAUUCACAAUCAAACAUACCACAAAAUCAUCAUUUACAGUAUUACAGUGAUUUGCACAAACUCCACCAGGUAGCAUACGCUACGAGGAACAUACCCAGAAAAAUAUCGCUGCAGCAGUCGUGUUGCAAACCAUGGCAUUGGAACGGAGGAUCUUUAGGAACUGCUAUGAACUCAUUUUAUUUUUCGGACCCGAAAAGAUAUGAUGAGCAUGCAAAACAAAUCGUUCAAGACGAUUCGAAAAUAAAAAUAGACGAAACAGACCAAUUGUCGUUGUCCGUAUGGUGCAAAUAUUCGGCCAACCGUCAGUCCGAGGACGUAUACGAUAUGAAAAUGGCCCUGUGGCACAAGCUGUCGGCGCUGAUCAAGAGCCAGGCGCCCGGUUGCGGCCUGUACCUGGUCGGUUCGACGAUGAACGGCUUCGGCUGCGACGUAAGCGACGCGGACUUCUGCCUGCUGAGCUGUUGCACGUCCGCCGCGGGGGCCGCGCAGGUUACGUCGGACAGCGUCGUCGACCAGUCGCACCGCGACGAACGGUACCGGGUGCUGGGUGUGCAGCGGCUUCGGUGGCUGAUGGGACUGCUGGAACGCGAGCGGACGACCGUGAGGACGACGGACGCGCGCAUCGUUUACGCCAAGGUGCCCAUACUCAAGUUCCGGUGGAACGACGGCCGCGGUGGCAAGAUUGACGUGGACUUGUGCUGCAACAACGUCGGCAUACGCAACACCCAUCUGCUGUACUGCUAUUCGAGACUCGAUUACCGAGUCCGACCUUUGGUGUUAACCAUUAAAUUGUGGGCGUCUUAUCACAACAUCAACGAUCCGAUAAAAAUGACUCUUUCUAGUUAUUCAUUGGUACUGAUGGCCAUUAAUUUUUUGCAAUGUGUCAAACCGCCCGUAUUGCCUUCGUUGCAACGCAUCUACGGAAUGAAGUUUUCCUCUGACACCAACAUCGAGUUCGUGCACAUGCACGAACAAUUGCCCACUAACAGUUGGAGGAGCGAAAAUCAGCAAUCUCUUGGCGAGUUGUUGUUGAAAUUUUUUGAAUAUUAUAAUGACUUCAAUUAUUGUCAGCAUGCUGUGUCCGUGAGAAUGGGAACACCAAUUCCGUUAGAACACUGUCGGCUAGCCGAAACUAUAAAAAAUGAUCCGGGGCAAUGGAAAUUUAUUGGAAUUGAAGAACCUUUCGAGAGAACAAACACAGCGCGGUCUGUACACAAUCAUAAUAUAUUUACACAAAUCAAAGACGUUAUAAACAAAAGUUAUACUACAUUGAAAGAAACCAUGUCAUUAAAUUCAAUAUUUUGCGAACUUGAAAAUUAACAUAAUAGAAGAAAAAAUUCAACAAAAUGUGAUUA